ACACGGACCUGUUGGCUUAUUUUUAAAAACAAGCUACUAAUAUAAUCAUAUUUUUCUUAUUAAUUGCACAGUUUAUUUUUAUGAGGCUGCUCACUCGACGUUACAUACCACAGCAGGCGUUUUUAACGUUUCUGAGGACAAGGGGGUCCAAGAUGCCAUAUGUGUCUUCUUCCAGAGGGGUGAAGAGGAAGGUGGAGAAAGAUGCAUUACCUUCAGAGACCAGAUCUUCCAAAGUCACAUUUCUGAGUCCAUCGCUUCUUCUACUGGAGAUCCCCCCUGACACCAACACCAGUCUUCCAGUGUGGGAAGCCAUGAGAUCCCAGCAUGCUGAUGUCGCCUGGACUGUCAACCCUUACAGCGUCAGUGUUCAUUUAACCCCUCAGACCUCCACACAGGGAAGUUCCAGUGAAAGUAAAAGUAGUGAGACACCUUCCUCCAGCCUUGUUCAGACUCAGAUGGUCAUCCAGUCUGUUGGACAACAGCACACUGCCAGCCAGAACAACUCCUGUGUUCUGUUAACCUUCCCUCAAACCAGCACCCUCUCAGGGCAACCACAGACAAUCCCCCCAACCCAGAACACCUCUGUUGUCAUCUCUCUUCCUGUCAUCAUUUCCCAGCCACCUCCUCUUUCUCAGCCCAGCACCCCUACAAAGACAAAAACCCAACAGGCCAUCCACACCCCAACAACUACACCAACCAAGCCAAAAGCUCCGUCUGGUGUGCCUGUGCCAUCUCCUUUCCACACCAAAUCCUGCUCUGACAUCUUGAUCUGUGACAACUUCCUGCUGAAUCUGUGCCAUGCAGGGAAAAAGUGCAAGAUGCACCACACUCCCUACCCCUUUCACUGGCAGCUGUGGGCAGUGAGCACCCAUCAGUGGGUGGACCUCCCGGCUCACUCUCAGGUUCUGAUAGAGAGGAUCUACUGUGAUGUCAACCAAGAGUCUGUUCUCCUCAAGGAUGGGAAUGACUGCUACAGUCUGAACUUUGACUCGAUGGAGCUGAACAUUGUGUCUAAGUAUGACGCAGUCAGACGACUGACCAACUCUGACAAUCCAUUUAGAAACCAUUUCUUUCCCAGCAAAUGGAAAAUAUACUGGUGGAACAACUUCACCUGGGAAGAGUACGAGAAGAAUCUGUCUGCCUCACUGCUAAAAAGCAUGAGUGAAAAAGACCCGCAGUUCUCCUUCAACAUUGGCUCAAUGAAAUACCAAGUGGACUUCACCACCAUGACCCAGACCAACAUAGCCACAGGCUUCAAGAGAGAAGUUCGCUGCAGACCUGUUUACCGCUCUCCAGAUUCCAUGCAGCCAAACCUGCAGACAGGAAUCCUGCCUGAGCCCAGCAGCGACUCACUGGAGGCCAACUUCAAUGUGGAUCCUCUGGAGGAGUUCAGCUCCUGGUAUCCUCCUGUGUGGUCUCUGGUUGUGGGGCAGGACUACAGCCUGGUGGACGUUCCAGCAGGCUCACGGGUCUACAGGACGGUCCAAAACCUUUUCUAUGAGAGUCUCCCGGAGUCCAAGGUGGACGUCGUCAAAAUCCAGCAGAUCCAGAACCACCUCCACUGGGACAAAUACCAAAGGCACAAAGCGUACAUGCAGAAGCAUCACACCAAGCAGGAGCCUCUGGAGCGUCAUCUCUUCCACGGCACAACCAAAAAUGCAGCAGAGGAAAUAUGCCACAACAACUUCGACCCCCGCCUGGCCGGGCUCAAUGGAACAUCCUACGGUUUCGGCUCCUACUUCGCCACCACCGCCAGCUUCUCCAACACCUUCUCAGCCAAGGUGGGGCCGAACGAGGUUCGCCACAUGUUCCUCGCCAAGGUCCUGGUUGGGAAAGUGAGCAUCGGGAAGAACAACUACCGCAGGCCGCCGCCGCUCAACUCCAAGACAAAGCGGUACUGCCUGUAUGACACCUGCGUGGACAACAUGGACGAGCCCACCAUGUUUGUAGUUUUUGAUAGUUGUCAGUGCUACCCGUACUACCUCAUCAAGUACAAAGAGCUGCCCAGAGAGAUAGACAUAAAUCAAUGAAGAGCCAGUUAGGGUUGUUAGCUUGAUGCUAAGCGUUCAGAAAAUGAUGUUAGAUGUAUUUAAUGUUAUCAGCCAUAGAAUAUGUGCAAUGUAGUUCAACUUAUAAAGCACUUCAUUGUUUAAAAUGUCUUCAUUUGGUCAUUCAAAUAUUUUGUAUCAGAUGCAAUGAAGUAGUUAAGUUUUUGUGUCCAGUGUGUUCUGACUGACGCCAUCAUCUGUUGUGUUUAUGAAAAUAAACUGUUCUUGAAUGUAUUCAUCCCAGAUUUCUUACACAAGUUUAAUCUCACACUUUUAUAUUUUGUUUUUU